AUGACAAACAAAAGAGACAAUAUUGCGUCAAGCUCUUCAGCUCCUGUUGAUUCCCCACCACCUUACACCCCUCUUCCUUCACAAUCUCGUGGAGUUGAGCCAAAUGAGGCUACGCGUCUUUACCCAGAUGUUCCGAAAAAUUCAUAUUCCGCUAUUCCAACUCCAACCUAUAAUCCACCUCAACAGCCUUCGAUCACGACUUAUAAUCAACCCGAUACCGUUAUUUUAACUCCAGCAGUUUCUAUUUUUGAUUUACGUGCUAAUCCAGCCGUUACUUGUUGUCCGCAUUGCAAGCAAUUCGUUUUAAGCAAGACGACUUUUCGUUCUGGAACUGCCACCUGUUUAUCUUCUCUUGGACUGUUUGUAAUUGGAAUAACGAUGUGGGGAUGUUGCUUGAUUCCCUUUUGC